UUUUCUGCCCCCCCUGCCUUUCAAAACAGCUCUGUUCAGAUAAAACACUAAAUUCAGGAAAGUAACUAACUGACUUUCUGCUUCUCUGAUCUUAAGAGGUUCUUUGGGUGUACACGAUCUCACAUAAGCCGAAUUUGAAUCAAACAUCAGAGCUUUGGAGCGUUUAUUGGAGAGCGCAGUUUGUUUACAAUCCCAAAGACACGUUAGAUUUUAGUUCAUCUCUUCCAGCUGCAAUGGAGCUCGCAGAGGAAAACUCAAAGCCACUGUCAGGUGCCAAAGCCAGGACCGACGGUCCUGUGGAUGCAGGAGCUCAGAGACCCACGUGGAGUGGACAGCUGGACUUCAUCCUGGCCACUGUGGGAUACGCAGUGGGACUGGGAAACGUCUGGAGGUUUCCUUAUCUGUGUUACAACAGCGGCGGAGGUGCCUUCAUCAUCCCCUACCUGGUCAUGGUUUUCCUUUGCGGCAUUCCCCUGCUCUUCAUGGAGUUUGCUGUUGGCCAGUUUACUCGUUUAGGGCCAGUGCAUGCAUUCGCCAAGAUCUGCCCCCUCUCUAAAGGUGUAGGUCUGGCCACAGUUGUAAUCUCCUUUGUCUUUUGCACAUUCUACAAUGUGCUCAUGGGCUGGGCCUUUUUCUACUUGUUCAACUCAUUCAGAGGAACUCUCCCCUGGUCGUCUUGCAACAACACUUGGAAUGUCGUUGGAAACUGUUCCAGCGGUUUUCCUGGCAAUGCCACCCAUCUGCAGUCUUCAAGCCAGCAGUUCUUUGAUCACAAACUUUUAGGGAAGACCAGUGGGAUUGAAGAAGCUGGUGGCCUACAGUGGGAAGCAUUUGGCUGUCUUCUUCUCUCAUGGAUCAUCAUUUAUUUAUGCAUAUUUAAAGGAGUCAAAUCCACAGGCAAGGUGGUGUAUUUCACUGCUGUCUUUCCUUACUUUAUCUUGUUCGCCCUGCUUAUCAAUAAUGUCCAGCUGCCCGGAGCAAAGGAGGGUAUCCUUUAUUUUAUAACACCUGUUUGGAGCAAACUGUUUGAAAUCAAGGUUUGGGUCAAUGCAGCUGCCCAGGUGUUUAACUCACUGGGAGUUGCCUUCGGCUGCAUGAUUUCAAUGGCUAGCUACAACAAGUUCUAUCAGUGGACUGCAAAAUUUAAUUUGUUGUUUUGCAGGGAUGUGUUAAUAAUAUCAUUAGUCAAUUCCUUCACCAGUAUCCUGGCUGGCCUUGUAAUCUUCUCAGCUAUUGGCUACAUGUCUUUUAAACACAAUCUACCAGUGGACAACAUAGCUACAGAUGGUCCUGGUUUGGUGUUUGUUGUGUAUCCUGAAGUUCUCUCCACUAUGCCUGGCUAUCAGAUCUGGGCUCCACUAUUCUUCAUCAUGCUGCUGUGUCUUGGUCUCGACAGUCAAUUUGGCAACGUGGAGGUGGUCGUGACGUUCUUGAAGGACGAGUUUGGAGUCAAAGUUCUUAGGUACCUGAAGAGAGAAGAGCUUCUUGUUCUGGUUGUGUGUUUUGUGGGGCUUCUUUUGGGAAUCCCUCAUGUAACUCAGGGAGGCAUUUACGUGUUCCAGUUGAUGGAUCACUGCACUGGUGUGGUUUCCCUCAUAUUCCUGGCUUUUUUUGAAGUAGUGGCUGUAUGCUGGAUCUUUGGAGUCUCUCGUCUCUCCCUGAUGGUCAAGAGGAUGCGGGGCGAGUCUCCGAGCCUCUUCUUCCGCCUCUGCUGGGUGCUCUUCUGCCCCCUUCUGAUACUGAGCAUCCUGGUAACCAGCAUUGUUCAGUACAUGCCUCCUCGCUAUGGAGAGUACAUGUACCCACUGUGGGCUGAGUUAGUGGGGUGGGUCAUUUCACUGGUCUCUAUAGUGUGGAUCCCCCUUUGUGCUGUUCAUGAGAUCUAUAACAGCAAAGGAUCACUUCUUCAGAGAAUUAAAAACGCCUUGGCUCCUACAAUAGACCUGGAUGCCACGGAUCCUCAUCCAAAAAAGCAGAAAGCAGACACACCAGUGUUGGAAAAACUUUUAAGAUCAUCUGUGUGACCAGAGAGUGGAAACCAACUCUGUGAAAUGAUUAGUCCUGUGGGAUGCUUAGACAUAUUUGUCUUUGUCUGGUUUUACAAAGAGUAAUUUUUAUGAAAAAUAUAACUUUAAACAAACUGUCAAUUUUUGAAAGUUUUUAAAAAAAUUUCUGUAAAAGCCUUUCAUUUUAUCCAUCAUCUGAGGGACAAAUAACAGUGAUUUGUUUUCAGUCUUAAUGUUAUGUAAAAAACAGAACUUAUUCUGUAUGCUUUGUAAAUGCAGUUUUUGACUGUUGUGCUUGUUGAGCUUAGUGGUGCAUAAUGAAUUGGCAAUUUAUGCUUUUGUAAAUCUGAAACACAACAGCUGCUUCAGUAAUGACACAUUUAGAUCAAAGGGUCCAACAAGUCGGUAGUAAACCGACUUGUUGGACCCUUUUUGACUGAAACUUAAUUAAUCUCACCUCAGUUUGUUCUGUGAAUAAAUACUUUCUGCUGCCAAGAUGCUGACUCAGUUACAGUAGAUAUAGUCCUGCCACCAACCAGAGUAAAAAAGGCUCUAUGUUGUUCCUACAUGAUGUAUAAAAGUCACUCUUUACUCUGUGCUGUUCAUUUUGAAAGCAUUUUUAAAAAAAAUGCCUCACUUUCAAUUUCUGAAAACUUUGCAAGGAAAUCAUUAGAAUUUAGAGGAAUUUGUUUAAAAUUGUGGCCAAUUUUAAGAGACUAUGUUGCAUCAAAAAUGCAAAUAUAAACAUAUUUUUCUAGCCAUAGGCAAUGAUCUAUUCAAGAUCAAAUUUCAAUUAAUUUACAUGUAAGUAGGACUUAGUUGAUUUUUUUUUAUGUUGCAUUAAACAAGUUUUGGUUAUUUCAUUGAACAACAUAAACCAAAAAGCUAAUUAAAAUAUUCUGAAAAUAAUUAAAAUGAUAUUAUUUGUUUACAAUAUGUCUGAGCCUAUAUGUAGCAGACACUAGACUUUAUUUCCAUUGUUCAUCAAUACUUCUUUAAAAAAAAUCCCUUAUAAGAGACCCACCUUCACAUUUACAGAAGAAUAAAUAAACCAAUCAGUCCAGAUGGAUGAUUAACCUGCUGGGGAAGAUUUGAUGUGAUAUCUAACUGGGAGCUGAUUAAUUUAGACAUUAUAUUUUGUCCAAAGUUGCUUCUCUUAGCAACAUUUAGUUUCAAUUUUAUUCUUGUUUUAAAAAGUGUGAUGUUACAAAGACAUGAAUUGUCUUUGUAAAGUUUAUGUGAUCAAAUUAAAUGUUGUUCAUUUGAAUGAAUGUUUUGAUUUAAAUGUUGAAGUUAUUGAACAUGUUUAUUAACAUCUAAACAUAUUAAGCGAUAAGAACUUGACAAGAUUUCCUAUUGUUGACAUGUAAUUUAUGAAUGAAUGAAAAAACUUUGGUCAACACUGAAGCUGUAAGUUUUCACCCUUAGGAAGUAAAUAUAAAUGGCAGGAAUGAUAAUGUAAUUUAAAAUUGUCUAAGAGGUUCUGACUUACCUUCCUGGCUUUUUCUGUUGCUGACUAAUAAAGGAAAACAUUUGUCCUGCUGGAGAUAUCUGGAUCAAAAAGUAGUUCUUUGAGAAAUGCAUAUCAUUAUUCAAGUGAGAAGUGAACAUUCGUCUCAAUUACACUUCUCCUUAUAUUCAGUCAUAAAAAUACA